AUGGCGGGCGACGAUAUCUGGGAGGAUGAAAUCUUCGCAUCCGUGGCUCGUGACCGGUCCAACCCUACCUCCCGCUCCUCCUCCACCGUAUCCCCCGCCGACCAGGCCGCCCCCUUCUUCCAGUCGGUCGGCGACGUCAGCCUCAGCGACGCUCACGUCGCCGCAGCCGGAGAAGAGGGCGAGCCCAAAUUCACCGGCUGGGAUGGGUUCUGGUCGGAUCCGCUCUUCGAGAAUGUCGCCGGUCGGCGCGACCGCGCCGCGGGGCAGCAGGACCGCGAGUUCUGGAAGUAUGAGCUGGACGAGGCUAUCCCGCUGUCGAGUCUCUUUCCCUCUCUCGACUCCGACGCGUGGAACGAGCUGCGGUUCCGCAAAUCGGCCGUCGAGUUCUGGUCGCGGCCUAUUGGGACGGAGCCCGCCGGGCUGUACCUGCGCACCGAGAUCGAGCUCAAUGGAGCGCUAGACGGCGUGUUCCAGGUCUUCCGGACCGUCCUCGGGGAGGCGGUGCAGCCCGUCCUGCGUCUGUCGGCCUAUCUCGGAGUGACGAUGGAGCAGGAUCAGACCCUGGCCAUCGACGGGGUUUCCCUGUCCGGCAGCUUGAUCGGACUGCGGACGCCCCUGCCCCCGGUGCUGGAGCUGGUCACCAUCCUGUCGGUGGGCUUGCGCCUCAACGUGGGCAGCACGACCAAUGUGGUUGGGGAGACCAGCACGGUGCAGACCGGCGUCUUUGGCGAUCUUCAGAUCCAGUUACCGGGCCUGACGGGGUCCUUGCAAUUGGAGUAUGAAGCGGAUCUCUCCGAGGAUUGGCUGGAGCUCAGUAUGACCAUCCCGGGCAACAAGAAAUGGGAGAACGCGCUGGGAGCAGACUCGUUCCAUCUGGACGAAGUCCGAUUCUUCGCAAAGAUACCUCUUCACACAGCCGCCCCAGCAGACACAACAACCACCUCUGGGGAUAUCAGCUCUGAUGUUAUCGCUCGCCCCGACCCGCAAGCCCUGCUUUCCAUUGCCGCAACAGCCAGAUGGAAAGGCUCCGACGGGGCAGAUGUUGGCCUGAAAGGAGUGAUUGUCAAAGGACGACCCGAUCUCUCGUUUCUGGAAGGCCAUAUGGAAAAGGUCACGUGGUCCGACAUUAAGCGCCUCUUCAGCGAUGUGCACGGCCGAGAUCUCGACGACACCGAGCAUGAGAUUACCUGCGAGAAUCUCACGGUGCGGAUCUCGCAGGCUCAGUUCCUUCUGCAGGGGUCCUUGACGAUCAAUGGUCGAGCGCUGGCCAAGGCCACGAUUGCGAUCACGCGGGCAGGCAUUGCCAUCACGGCCGAGGUGGACAAGUGGGAGGUUGGCGACGGCCUCGUGGUCAUCGAACAGGCCGCACUGACCUUGCUGGUGGGCAGCGGCGGCGACAAAGACAGCGGUGCUCCGCGUCAGCCGGAGGAUGAACCGCCCACUAAGAAACGGCGGACUACCGGCGGUCCGGAGAAGGAGAAGAAGGGAUGGAGUGGGUCCUUGGAGGUGACCGGUCGAGUGCUCAUCCACACCGAUGGACAGCAAGGCAAGAGUGGACAGCCGCCGGUAGAGGUGGAUGUUACGCUGGCCAUGGGCAAACAGAACCAGGAGUGGUUCUGGGUGGUGUGCGGCCACCUGAAAGCCGAUCUCUCCUUGAGUCGGUUUGUGUCGGCCAUCGACGAGGACUCGGACAUCGAUCUGCGUCUGAAGGAGAUUUCCUUGAUUGCUUCGAGCACGAACCGUCCGGCUUGUAGUCUGGACACAAAUGGCUAUACCAUCCAGCAAGGCAGGUUAGAGCAGGUACCGCUGCUGCAGAUGGGCGACAUGGUGAAGAAGCCCGCGGCGGGAGAUCAAUCGUACCUCAGCCUGGGCUGGGCUAAGGGGUCUAGCAUUCCUUCCGUGUCCAUCUACUUACCUGAGUCAUUGAAGAUCGAGCUGGGGCCUCGGUUCCGGUCUCGUCGCUUCCAGCUUUCCCUGGGUAGCUCCGCGACCGGCGGGGUGGCGUUCGCAUUCCGCGGCAUCUUCGACGUCAAGGUUGGCGACGACAACAGCUGGUACAAGUUUGACCUGAAGAUGGCCGUGGAUCCGAUCGGUGCGGAUGGCGAACUCUUCUUCGACGGCAAUAUCAAUAAUCCGUUCGGCCUGUGCAAGCGAUUGACGAUUGGACCACGACUGGGCAUCGGACUGAAGUUCAACUGGGCCCAAUUAGCCGCCUCGGGUCUGCCUGUCGGAGCUGGCAUCAAGGGAAGCCUCUACCUGGAUGACAACGUAGACAAGCCCUAUGACCUGGUGCUCUAUAUCUGCGAGGAUCCGCGUGACAUGGUCAUCAAGGCCGAAGCCCCGGCAAUGGACUACACCGAGAUCAUCCAGUUCGUGGCCGCAGCGAUGGAUACCCAGAUCCCGACGACCGACGUGACACUCUUCCGCUUCCAGGACGUGCUCAUCUACGCCAGCAUGGGGGCCACCUUUGGCGGAGAACACUAUCCGGCUGGCUUCCGUUUCAAAGGCGGGCUGACCAUUUGCGACCACGAGGCCGCCAUGGACGCGUCCCUGACCACGGAGGGUCUGCGGCUCAAGGCGUGGCUGCAGACCUUCCGACUGGGGCCGCUCAGUGUCGGCGGAGAUGUGGUCCUGCCGGGCAAGGAGGGGACCUUCGCGCUGCUGGACAUGGAGCUGACCCGGGAACGGCAGGCGUUUGUGCUGAAUGGGUUCGUGGAGCUCUUCGACCUGCGCGCGGCGGUGGACGUGCAUAUCCAGCUACUGCCCGCCCCGAUAUUCUACUUCACCUUCGAGAUGCAGUGGAGUACCUUGCUGGCUAUCAAGGCCAAGGCCGAAAUGAUCGGGGGCACCAAGCUCAUGUGCAAUCCCCGCGAGGCCAGCUGGGAGGUCAGUGCCGAGUUCGAGCAGACAAUCAUCCAGGAGAUGGCCCGCAGUUUGGAGCGAGCUCUCAAGGCCGUGCACGAGAAGGUCGAGGCCAAGAUCAACGGUGCCAAGCAGGCGGUUGCGGACGCGGAGCGAGUCUACAAGGAGAAGAUCGCCAAGGCACAAGCAGCUUUGGAAGAGGAGCGGGCCAAGUACCAGGCCGAGAAUGACCGACUAGACCAGGAGUUGGAUCGUCUGGAGCGGGAAACGCAGGCCCGGUCUGCCGUCCAUCGCGACGCGGUCUUCAAGAAGAAAAAGGAGGAGUCGUCCGCCGUGGCAGAGGCCGAGACCGUCCGCGACCACACCAUCCACGAGGCUAGUGCGGAGGUCCAAGAGAAGGAACGGGCCUUGAACAACGAGGAAUCGCGGGGAACCAGGGAGCACAACGACGCCAUCUCCGACCGUGAACGGAGGAGACAAGAAUUCAUGGCCAAGUUUGGCGAUGCCGAAGCGGCCGUCCGGCGCGCGCGGGACAACGUGGCCAAUGCCAAACGAUCGGUCGAGAAUCUGCGCAGUCAAAUUGACAACCUGGAAAACAGACUCAGUGGGCUGCGAUGGUUCCAAAAGGCCCUCGCCUUGGAUACACACCUUCAGAUCGCCGCCCUCGGGAUCCAGUAUGGAACCGCCAAGGUAGGUCUCGGAGUGGCGGACGGCGCCCUCGAGCUAGCGCAGAAGAUCAUGCAAUCUCAACUAUUCCACGACCUCACCCAGGCCCUGCACCACGCCUGCGAAGCGGUCGAAACGAUCAAGCGGCAGGUGGACAACGCCAUCAACGCCGCGCGGGACCACCUGCACAACGCGCAGAAACUGCUGGAUGUCGCCAAGUCCGCCGCGCAGGGCAAGUUCGACGAGGCCCGGCGGCAGGCGCGCGAGAUGGUGGACACCGCGCAGAAGAUCCACGACGACUACGUGGAGAAGCAGGAAAAGGAAUCGAAGAAACUCCGCAUUCAGUUGCAGCAGCUAAAGAAUAGUGGACUGAGCGCGGGGGUGUCGCUCGCUGAGGGAGUGCUGGAGGCGGCGAAGAACAACAAUGCGGCCUUCCUCGCGGCGCAGGCCGGCCUCGAUGCCGUCAAGGUCGUCGAGGGCGCCAUCUACGACACGCUGCGCACAAUGAUCGAGGCCGCAGCGACCCUGUGUGAUAUCCGCGUGGUCAGGCUUCGGGGCACCAUCACCGCCAAACCGGAGGAGCAGUCCGCUUUCCAGAUCUAUCUGGAGGGCACGCUGGUCGGACAGGAUUUCAAGUUCGAUCUUGUGUACUACCCCGGCAAGACGAUUGAGUUCUUGGAAGGAUUGGCCAAGGAGGCAAUGGGGCACCUGAAGUUGACUUAG